AUGUCUAUCCUGACAGAAACCCCCGAGCAAGAGACGGAGAUCAACUGGUCAACUAUUCACAGAACUCCUGACAUAUCCAUCCAUAAAGCGUUGAACAUACACGACUUUUACAGGAAAGUCACAAGCGGAUCAUAUGAACACUUCGACAUCCCCAUUGAAUUUGUCGUCAUGCUCAAAGAAGCAGCUAAAGCGGCAUGCAAGAAAGGCUACCUCAAAUACGCAUUCGACUUAUUAUCGACGGCCGAGUUUACCUUUGACCAAUCCUGGCAUUACAUUCAGGGAAACACGCAGACCAGAGCAGAGGAACAUAUCAGUGUACACUACACGCAUGCACGAAUCGCGACUCUAUUUGGGGAUUUCAGGAAAGCCCGCAAACAUGCUAACAAGGCAUUGGAGUGCUACUACAGCGGCAUGGCAGACCCUAGCUUUGUGAUAAACUACCCAGUAUGGAUCAUCUGGGGUGCUCGUGCGGAAGCCAUGAGCGGUCUACAUGUAGACCACAACGGAACAGCCAAACGGUACUAUCGCCAGGCUCUGGAACUUAAGCCAUCCAGCGUCAAGUUCAGCGCCUGUGAGCUGGACUUAUGCAGGUGUUUGUUUGAGCUGGGACGAUGGAGGGAGCCGAUUGAACGACUGGAAGCUUUCAUUGAACAUCGCGCGGAAUUAUUCGGCCCUGAUGACUCGGGGGACUAUCUGGUUGGCUAUGCUCUUUAUCUGUUAGGCAAUGCCCAUAUGAUGUACAAACCGACCAUUGAUGGGGCGACUGAUAUCCGCACGAUUGAAGAAGCAUUGAACUUCCUCAAGCGGUCCCUUACAUGCUUCAGACUGUACUUCGGUACCACACAUUGUUGGUAUGGGGCCGUAAACGACAAACUGGGACUCCUCUAUACCGAUCUAGCCGCCGCAAACCCACAGGAGUCGCAACAGUAUUCCCAGAACGCGUUGAACCACUUCCGUGCAGCGUUGAGAGCCUUCGGAUACCAGAGGAAUGCUAUUAACUUCAAGGCUGAAUGUGCCCGCGUCUUGUACCAUACAAGCAUUUUGAUGGAUAAUAUGGGAAAGGACGCAGAAUGGGAAGAAACGCUUAUGGAGGCUGAUGCUUUGCAAUGGGAUAUCACGAGUAGCGGAGGCUGGAAUUUUGAAGGAGCAUCGGCCGCCGAAGUUUACGAUGAGAUUGUUAAUCCGUUGUUUCGUUAG